AUGGGUCUGUGGGAUAGACCAGCGCUACAUCAGCAUCACGAGGCUGCGCAGCCAGACAUGUCCUUUGGCGCUUUUUCGCAGCAGCAUGACCACACGAAGGAUUGGUGGAACGGUUUUGGGCCUGCGGCACUGCAUCAAGACGCUUUCCUACCUUCUCCACACAUCCAUGACUUUUUCCCCACCCGUUCCUUUCCAAGGGCAUGUCAAGCGCUCGCCUCUUACCUCAUCCAUCGUGCCUCGCUUCACUUGCCGAGCAAUGUCAAGAUCUACUCCGACCUUCAAGGCUCGACGGCAAACUUCAACGACAUGGCAAUUUUGGACGUGGGACACGGCUGCGGAGAUUCUUUGCUCUUGCUGGCGAGAACAUUGCGACCUCGACGUUUGCAUGGCGUCACCUCCUUGCCCGCACACGCCGACCGAGCUCGCAGCCGUUUGCGCACCUUUUACCAUGCUCGGUCCAGAGCGUCUGCGCAGCACGGUACACUCUCGACGACUACGUUCGAGCAAACGAACGAAGCGGGUCAGGUAUGGUGUGGAGACGCCAUCGAGUUCCUUGACAGCUAUCUUCGACAGGAUGAAGCGCUCAAAGGGGAAAGGUAUGAUUUGAUCUACGGACUGGAUUGCGCGUAUCACUUUCGCACGCGGGACAAGUUUCUGCAGCUGGCGAGCCAAAGGCUCAAGCCGGGAGGUGUGUUGGUCUUGUUCGAUCUCGUUGCAGCUUGGCCGUACCCGCUCGACAGAUCGAAUCAGACCAUCCGCUCUCCAUCUACAACCUCACCACAACAUUCGUCCCACGACUUUAGCAUUUUUCACGCCGAUCACAAAACGCCAAUGGCAUCGCCUCCGACGCUCUCUACCCGUUUGCUGCACAGACUAACCACACGUCUUUCCGGAGUGCCUUCCACCAACCUCAAGGACGUAUCGCAAUACCUCUCCGACCUCAAAGCUGCGGGAUUGCAGCCCGUCGAAGUGCAGGACGUCUCUUCCAGCGUCUUUCCGGGCUUUUCCACCUUCCUUCAAGGUCUGGGCAAGGGCGGAGAGAAUACUGCCAGGGAUGAAUGGAACGUCGACUUUAUUGGUCUGAGGGGCUUUGGAAGGAUCGUCAAUCGCUGGGCAAAAGGAGGAGCCGAAGGAGCUGUGAGAGCCGUCGUCACCAUAGCCAAGAAGCCACGCGAUGCGCAGUGA